AUGGCGUCUUAUACACAAGGAUAUGCUAAAGAGAGGUUUACGACAACAGUCAAUCGAAAUUUCCUUUGUUUGAGUUGCUCUAAUGUUCUUAAAGACCCGGUCCUGUGUUCGAGAAACCAACAUUGUUUCUGCCGUGCUUGUAUUACGAAACAUCUCGAGAAUUCACGAAGAUGCCCUACGUGUGCGGAAGAGCUGACCGUAGAGACUCUAGCUGAAGCCAACAAAAUGGUAAAAGAUUAUUUAGAUGAAUUGGAAAUUCAUUGCGUUCACAACAACAGAGGUUGUCAUGAAGUCCUACAACUGCAACAUCUUGACGACCAUGAGGCUACAUGUGGAUUUACGCCAGUCGUUUGUACAAACCAAGGCUGUGGUGCAACUUUAAACCAGUGUGAUCUUAUUCGCCAUGAAUAUGAACUAUGUGAAUUUCGCCAGUCGAAGUGCCAUUUCUGCGGAGAAAUAACAAAAACGUUGGCAGAUAUGGAGACAAAUGUGGCAACCAAUAAAGAUAUACAAACGAAAGUGUUGACAAAUGUGGCCAAUAUGGAAACGCGAAUAGCGAACAUGGAGAAAAAUGCGGCAGGUAUGGAAGGGAAGCUCGAAACUGUAAAUAACGAGGUGAGAGGAUUGAAAACAGCUUUGAUUCAAGGUUUCGAUGAAAUGAAAGAAGUUCUUGUCAAGAUGGAGGGCAAGAUGGAAGAAAAUACACAGAAAGUAAGAAAUAUUAAUAGAGCAAGUGGUGAUAAAGAAAAUAUAAUUGUUGCUGGAGGUACACGGACUGACUCAGUCGAGAUGUUUAACUGGCGCCAAAGAAUUUGGUCCCCAUUACGAUCCUUGCCAAAAGAGCGUUACGGAGCGACAUCAUUUGUUCACAAUAAUCAUGUGACAAUUGCUGGAGGUUACUGUUCUGGCUAUGUUGAUGAAAUAAUUAAAAUGUAUAUCAACUCAAACUCCGAUCCCUCAAUGCACUGGAGUGACUGUCCUGUUAAACUCCCCGCCAAGUUGGUAUACCAUAGCAGUGUGCCGUAUAAGGAUCACUUUAUAGUCAGUGGUGGUUAUGAUGGAAAUGCAGUAUCUGACUGUAUUCAUGAGGUUCAGCUUGUUCCUCCAUAUAAUGUGAACACCUUAUCAAGAAUGUCAGAACCAAGACAGUAUCACGGCAUGCAAUUAUUUGAUGAUAACUUGUUGAUCGUUGGUGGAAGAACAACUGACAGUUCCCAAGAUAGCCUCAGCAGUGUCGUGUUGUAUGAUAUAAAGAAGAAUGCAUAUAAACAGUUGUCACCACUUCCGCAUGAAGUGAGUAUGAUGGCAACUGUGCGAUGGGGAGACAACAUCGUUCUUAUCGGUGGUGUUGACAAACGUGGCAAAGCAUUAGAUACAGUGAUUCUUUACAAUGUCAAGAGUGAGCAAAGUCACAUGCUGCCACCAAUGAAAUACAAGAGAGAGGGAUGUACUGCAGUUGUUAUUGGAAACAGCAUUGUAGUAAUGGGAGGCUCAAGUGGGCUAGGACAACAGAAAACAGUUGAAGCUUUCUAUUUUGAAAGUUAUACUUGGCAAGAACUUCCAGAAAUGUCUCGAGGAAGACGGCUUCACACUGCUGUUGUUGUGUAA